AUGGCUUCCACCUCAAGUGGACUCACCUCUGGGAAAGGUACCAGUUUAAAGCUAAAAUCCACAAAGCUGCUUGAGAUUCUGAAUGCACUGGAGGAGGAAUCUGGCUACAGCAAAGAAGAGAUCUUUAUUACCCCACCUGAUAAUGCUGCAGGGGAUUUUACUGACGAGGACUCAGGUGAUGAGGAUGGCUGGCGAGAUGUCCACCUGCCUGGUAGUGUGCUCCAUGCUUCAGUUGUGCCUGAGGAUUCCAUCCAUGGGAAAGAAGAGGUUGACCUACAGAUACAGCCAGCCACAAAGAAACUGAAGACAAUAGUGGAACCUCAGCGUGUUUGGACCAAAAGAGAUAUACAGCCAGACUUCAGUAGUUGGACAGCAUCAGAUCCUCACAUGGAGGAUCUCAAAAGUCAGGAGCUGAGUCCUGUAGGACUCUUUGAAUUGUUUUUUGAUGAAGGAACAAUUAAUUUCAUCGUUAAUGAAACCAAUCGAUAUGCUUGGCAGAAAAACGUCAACCUGAGUCUUACUAUCCAGGAAUUAAAGUGUGUGUUAGGCAUUUUGAUUUUAAGUGGGUAUAUCUCUUAUCCACGGAGGAGGAUGUUUUGGGAAACAUCUCCUGAUUCACAUCAUCAUCUUGUAGCUGAUGCAAUUAGAAGGGACAGAUUUGAACUGAUCUUCUCAUACCUGCAUUUUGCAGAUAACAAUGAGCUGGAUGAAAGUGAUAGGUUUGCUAAGAUCAGACCUCUCAUUGUCCGAAUGAACUGCAAUUUCCAGAAGCAUGCUCCCUUAGAAGAGUUCUACAGUUUUGGUGAGUCCAUGUGUGAAUACUUUGGCCAUCGGGGUUCUAAGCAACUGCCUGUGGGGAAGCCCAUGCGCCUAGGCUACAAGAUCUGGUGUGGGACCACCAGCACAGGCUAUUUAGUGUGGUUUGAGCCAUCGCAAGGCACAUUGUUCACCAAACCAGACAGGGGCUUGGACCUAGGAGGUAGUAUGGUGGUAAAGUUUGUAGAUGCGCUUCAGGAGCGUGGCUGUCUGCCAUACCACAUAUUUUUUGACAAGGUUUUUACAAGUUUCAAACUGAUGUCCAUUUUGAGGAAAAAGGGGAUAAAGGCCACAGGAACUGUUCGUGAGUAUAAGACUGAGUGUUGCCCCCUUAAAGAUGUUAAAGAACUAAAGAAAAUGAAGAAAGGAACAUUUGAUUACAAAGUUGAUGAGAGUGAUGAGAUUAUUGUGUGUCGCUGGCAUGAUAGCAGUGUGGUCAAUAUCUGCUCUAAUGCUGUGGGCAUAGAGCCUGUGGGGCUGACCAGUCAUCACUCGGGAGCAGCCAAACCACGGACCCAGGUCCAUCAGCCAUCUCUAGUGAAAUUGUACCAGGAGAAGGUAGGAGGUGUUGGCCGGAUGGACCAGAACAUUGCCAAAUACAAGGUGAAGAUUCGAGGCAUGAAGUGGUACUCAAGCUUCAUUGGCUAUGUCAUUGAUGCUGCCCUCAACAAUGCAUGGCAGCUACACCGGAUCUGCUCCCAUGAUGCCCAGGUGGACCUGUUGGCGUUCCGAAGAUACGUGGCCUGUGUAUAUUUGGAAAGCAAUGCAGAUACAUCAUCCCAGGGGAGGCGAAGCAGGCGCCUGGAAACUGAGAGUCGCUUUGAUAUGAUUGGUCACUGGAUCAUCCACCAAGAAAAAAGGACUCGGUGUGCCCUCUGCCACUCACAGACCAAUACUCGCUGCGAGAAGUGUCAGAAGGGUGUUCAUGCCAAAUGCUUUAGGGAGUAUCACAUCAGGUGA